GUAAGCUAGACCACCUAUCAGAGGCUCAACAUCACUGCCCAAGCAUUCCAUGUUAGAUUUACCUUUUUUGCGCGUCGUAAAUUUCAAUUAAAUUUGCACUUGUAAAUAUUUCAGCCUUGCGACAUAAUAAAGAUGGGCAAAGAAGACCAAAUAGAAGAACGCGAAGUUCUUGAAUCCAUAUUCCCCGAAGAAAUCACAGAUAUAUCAGAUACCGAGUAUCGCAUCGCGAUCAAGCUCAACCCCCCAAGCGACGACAAUGACGAAGAGGAAGUGGAACCGCCAACGCUGAACCUACACGUGCGGUAUCCCGAAGCAUACCCCGACGAGGCCCCGAUAUUAGACUUAUCCCCCGUUCCGAAUGCGCCCGUACAUCCACGGUUCUCCGUGGCAGUGGAUAAGGGGCUGCUUCUAAAAGGUUUAGAUGACACGAUCCAAGAGAGUCUCGGCAUGGCCAUGGUCUUCACGCUUGUGACGACGCUGACGGAGCUCGCCGAGCAGCUAAUAACGGACCGCAAGGAGGCCGCGGAUCGUGUGCGGGAAGAGGCUCUACUAGCAGCCGAGCGCGAAGAGAAUAAGAAAUUCCAAGGCACACCCGUCACACCCGAGACAUUCCUCAAGUGGCGCGAGGAGUUCAGGCGUGAAAUGGAAGAGCAGCGGCAGCGGGAGGAGGAGGAACGGCUCGCCGAGCUCAAAAAGGCCAAGGUUAAGGAGGCCCCACGGCUCACGGGCAAGCAGCUCUGGGAGCGCGGUCUCGUCGGCAAGGGCGAAGAAGAAGACGACGAGCCGCCUACAGAGCAGGUGGAAAAGCUCAAGGUCGCAGCAUAAAGCUGGCUAUAUGGGAAAUGGAGGGUUGGUUCCAAAACUUGAACAUAAACUUAUUAUUGUUGACAGAGACUCAGAACGAUCUCAAUUGGCAUUUACACGGAGUUGUGGCGCAUUUUGGGAGAAACUAAAAAGGAUUCAUCAUAUCUUGAGCGCUCGGCUACAUCUAGUCUACUUUUCCUAGCAUUGGGAAUAAACCCCC